AAUAGGUCCAUCUGCGAAAUACUCUCACUCUAUCUGCGAAAUCGUGGUUUUUUUUGUAUUAUUUUUUUUUUUAAGUUUGACUAUGAAAUGAAUUGGUUUGACUACGAAAUCAUGUUGCUAUAUAAAAAGUUUUGUAGAAAAAAUAUCAUUUUGGUUGUUAUUUGUUUAGGAACUCUCUCUACAAUUUGCUCAAAAAAUGAUUGAAUAUUUGGUUUGUCUUGUAACCGGUGGGAGAUGGCAAGUUAAUGGAACUAAUCUGGAAUACAUAUGUCUACAGGGAGGUAUUUCUAAACUUGCUUUGAUAUUUUCUGAGUAUAUUAGUUAUAGUGAUUUUGUAUCUUUGGUAAAAAUUGGUUUGUUAGACAAAUAUAGAAUUAGUCUUCGUUUCCACCAUCCUGAAUUAAAUUAUUAUAUAGCUAUAGUUGAAGACAUGGAUGUUAGAAUGUUGAUAAACGUAACCAAAUGUAGUGGAGGAAGGGCUGUGAAAGUGUUUGUGGUGGUUGAUGAAGUUGAGGAGGUUAAUGGGGGUGGUGAAAUUGGAAACCAGCUUGUUGGUAAUUUAUGCAGUUAUAAAGGGAGCAACGAUCCGAUAGGUACUUUCAAUAGUCCUAGUGUACCUCAGUUUCACAGUGUUGUUGAAAAUGUUAAUGUUAGUUAUUCACCUAUUCACUAUGUGGAUCCCGAGAAUUACAAGUCUGUUGGUGAUGAUGAUGUUGGUACAUAUCUUAAUCAUGUGGGUGGUCGUUGUGAUGAUGUUGCCGAACAAGAAGUUAAACUUAUGAAUAGGCGUGUGGUAGAUAAAACUAAAAAGAAAAAAAAUUCAAGUCAAAAAAAUGAAAAAAAUCAUGUUUACGGGCAUUAUGUUGAUGUUGGUGAUGUAUGUUUAGAUAUAACCGAGCUACAAAGCAAUUCCGAUAGAGAUGAGUUGGGUGAUGGAGUUAAAGCUAAGUUUCCCGAUAAUCUUUUUCACGGUAUGCCCUCUGUACCAGCAUGACCAGUUGAUAUUAAUGAAGAUAUCCCAACACAGAUGGUAGACAUGAAUCUUCAAAAGAUUCAAUGUGAGAGUACAUUUAAAAACAAAGAACUUUUAAAGCGGUGUAUUGGUAAAAAAUGUCUUCGAGAAGGUUUCCAGACGAGGACAAGUAGAUCCACCAAAUCAAGGUAUGAAGUUGUGUGUGUUUCGAAAAAUUGUUCUUGGUUACUAAGAGCAAAAGCAAUUAAAAAUUCUGAUGGACUUUUCCAAGUGAAUAAAUUUGUUGAUGUACACACAUGUUCUUCAACAUUGUUGCAACCUAAUCAUCGACAAGCAAACAAAUAUGUUUUGGGUGAAUAUGUUGCUGAUGUUUUGGCUGAAGACUAUAGUAGAGUUUAUCGGGGAAAAGAAAUUGUUAAUGAUAUGAAUGCUCAAUUGAAUAUCAAUAUCUCAUACCAUCAGGCAUGGCGUGUGAAGCAAUAUGCAUUGUUGUCGUUAAGGGGUACGAAAGAGGAUUCUUUUACCAAACUUCCAGCGUAUUGUCACAACUUGGCCAAACAUAAUCCGGGUAUUGUCACACAUAUUAAAACAGAUGUUGAUGAUCGCUUUGAGUUUUUGUACGUCGCACUUGGUUGCUCGGUACGAGAUUUUGUCAAUUUUUGUAAGCCGACCCUAGUAGUAGAUGGAGCUCACCUAAAGGGCGAGUUCAAAGGUACCAUGCUACUUGCAGUUACUAAGGACGGACAAAACCAAAUAUUACCGGUUGCAUAUGGUAUAUGCAAAAAUGAGUGUACCGAUUCUUGGACAUGGUUUUUUCAAAAACUACAUGAUUGCAUAGGAAAUAUGCAGGAGCUUACAAUUAUAUCUGAUAGGUCUCCAUCUAUAGCAACAUCCGUUGCCAACAUUUUUCCUCACGCUCAUCAUGGAAUAUGUGUUGUCCAUUUGUAUUUCAACAUAGUAUCUAUAUUCGGCAAGAGUAAGACGGUUAAAUGAAUUUUUUGGGAGGCGUGUAGGGCGUACACAGUUGAUGCUUUUGAUGCUGCCAUGGAUGUUAUGAAAAAGACAAAAGAACCAGUAUGGGAGUACUUAAAAAGUAUAAAUCCAGAAACCUGGUCAAGGGCACAUUUUAAAGGGAACCGAUACAAUCUUAUGUCGUCCAUCAGUGCGGAGUCUAUAAAUGCAUUAUCUAGACACGCACGUAAGGUGUCAAUACUUAUGUUGAUUGAUUUUUUUCGUGCUACAAUGCAGCAAUGGUGGUUUCAAAGACGUAACU